AUGUUCUCCACAGAAGUACUGACAGAUCAAAUCACCGCUACAUUGCUAGUUAUUGCUGAAACGGAUGACAAAAGCCUUCUGGGGCGCAUACACAAUGGCGAUCUGCAACAGGCUAAGAGCUCAUCUACAAAUGUAUUGCUGUACACCAUCAAUGCGAAAAUCGAGCUGAAAAGAAUACCACAGUGCGUAAUAGAAGAGGCCAUUAGCGUGGAAAUGUAUGUGACAACACCUGACAUCUAUCGAGAGUUCUCAAUGCUCAAUUUGAGAAGGGCCAAGAGCUCGACCACCGAAAAGCGAUGUUGCUCGGCGACGGGGCGAAUCGCACCUUUCCGGUCUGGGACAGCUAGGAUUGAUCGCGUUGCCAUGCUAGUCUCCGAAUCCAGCCCCAAAAUGCCCGCCAGCUACUCCAGUACGCCGAUUUCUGGGUUCACCGGACACAUUCCCGGAGCUAAAUGGCAAGUAGGAAGCCGUUAUAGGCCUCCUACAAGGGCUCUGCAGUCUUCCUACGCUCCAUCUUCGUUUUCGGACCAAUCAAGCGUUCAAUUCUCGCCGGAACAAUCGCGACGUGGUUACAAUGAAAGGAAUCAAGGUGGAUCCGAGCCGCCAUAUCCUGAAGACUCACAGUUAUCAUUGCUUCGUCCUGGAAGCUCGGAGAUGUCCAUCAUCUAUAAUAGUGAAGGUUUUCCAGUGCGUAUCAUAAAGAACAAUCAAGUGUUACAUACAAGUACAAGUGAUGCGCAUUCAAUACGAGGCCUGAAUAGUCCAGGCAGUGAGCACCUGAGAAAUGGAUUUCCGCUCGAAAAUAGCCCCCAACCACAGACCAGACCUCCAUCAGUGAAGCAGAGAGCAAGAAGUUUGCCAAGAAGACCAGUUGAGAGAGAUCCUUUCGAAGGAUUGGAGGGAGGAUGGUGGAGUAAAGGAGAAGUGCUGAGGAACAAAGAACGACGAGAAUUAGCGAAUACUGGUAAAACAGUUGCUGGAGGUGACUGGUCACAACGACCGGAGACACCGAAACAGCAAAGGCAAUCCAGGUGGAAGGAGGAGGACGAUGACAACAUACCUGCAGCUGGAUACAGUGGACAUAUGCCAGGUCUGCGACAACUUGGAAUCGGGAAAUCCUUCAAUGCGGCUGCUAGAGAGGCAAAACGAGAUUAUAGCCUUCGACGACGAGCUAAUAGUGGAGGCAGAGCGGAGACCUCCGGCACAUCAGUUUCUCGCAAUUCUGAUGCACAGAAUGAUUCAUACAAUGAUGGCUCACGCUCUAGAAAGCAGACCGAAUACACAUACCAUCGAAUGAAUGAAUAG